AUGGUCCUAUAUUCGGUCGGCGAUCGGCGUAUCUCACUUUCGUUACCUGGUGCCGAGCAAAAAGAGAUAGAUUUUGUCGACACGCUUUUUUCGCCGGUACAGAACGACAGCUUCCUACGCCCAGUCAAAUAUGAGGAGCUUGGCCUAAUUGUGAAGUUCGGCCUUCACGUUCGAACCGUCGAGGCACUGAAUCUUUGGACGAUCAAGAAGGUUUUCGGCGAUAACGUUCCUGUACCGGAGGUGUUUGGCUGGCGCGUUGAUAGAGACGGAUAUACUUUCAUAUAUAUGGAGCUGGUUGUGGGCCCGACUCUUGAAGAGUGCUGGGAUGCUCUUGAUAUUAUACAGAAAAGAGCCAUCAAUGACCAGCUCUGCCACAUCAUGGAAAAGCUACGCAGCCUCGCGCAGGACCCUUCGGAGCGAUUUAUUGGAUCAAUAAACCGUCAGCAUCUACCAGACUACGUAUUUAUCGACCAGCCGAAAACAGGCCCGUUCUUGAGCAUAAGCGCCUUUAAUGACUGGUUUGCUUUGUUACAUCAACUACGUUUUGAGCACAGAUAUGACGACCCAAACCGACCUUUAUUACCAGACACUGGAGAAAUUAAGCUGACCCACGCGGACCUGAAUCGACGUAAUAUCAUAGUCUCUUCUACCAGUCCCAUUCGGAUUGUCAUUGUGGACUGGCAGCAAUCAGGAUGGUAUCCGGAGUAUUGGGAGUAUUGCAAAGCUGUCUUCACCUGCUGGUAUGAGGAUGAAUGGCGGAGAGAUUACAUCGAUAAAUUUUUGCAGCCUCAGACGGAAGUGUAUUUCGUGUUUUCUGAGUACACUAUGGCCAUGGGUGCCGUCUGA